AUGUCUAAUCCCAUUGGCGACUCUGCCGACUACUUUAUUCAAAGAAACCAAUUACUGCAACAACAGCAGCAGCAACAACAACAACAACAAGGUGGUAGUUCACCAGACGUACUCCAAGGGAGACGGCAUGAAGGUGUCGACGCUCCAUUGUCCGAUGAUCCUCGAAAGAAAGCAUCCACCAAUGCACGUUUAGCGAAUCCCACACGUCGCAUUCAGUCUUCUACGAAUCCGGCUUUUGACGCUCGACAUCAAUGGCAACGAGUUAUGGAGAAGUUGGCCAUGGGACAAGGUGGCAGUGGUGGUGGUGGUGGCAGUGGAGAGCAUUCGACGAGUACAACGCCUACGCAUUCUGAUAUCCAACGGCAUUCACAUCCUAAUCGACGAUACCUUUCGCAUCAUUAUUCACUAUCACAGCAUCCACAACGCCACAGCUCUUAUCGAUAUCAUGAUGAUUCUGAAUCGGAUGAAAAUAAUUCAUAUGAAAUGCAACCGACUCGAGAUGCAUAUACCGAACCCGAUGAAGACGAUGAUGCAUUGCCUUCGCCCACCGAUUUAGAAAGAGAACGCCAAGCAUCUUUACCACCCGAAGGAGAACCUAGUUACUUUGCUCAUCCAUUUCAACUACAACCCUCGGUGGACACUGAACAAGAAACGGUCCAACCACCUAGUAGACAUGAUGAGCAAGAAGAAGAGGAGGAGGGAGCACAAGAAGAACAAGAGGAACAAGCGGGUCCAUCCCAUCAAGAACCAACAAGACCCGAGCAAGCCCACGUACCUGGUCAUCAUGCGCGUAUGCAAUGGUCAAAGACGCUCGACAAGAUUCGCCUCAUUUCAAACAUUCAACAUUUGCCAUCAAAACCAUCGCCACCAGCACCACAUGAGCCAUCCAAUUCUCUCGCUCCAUACUUUCAACCAGCAUUUGAAGCGCCUUUCAUUGCAUUAUCUCGAGAUGAACAUGGUAGAAAGCUACCUCCCAUUUUGCUUCAAUGUUUGAAUGUGAAUAUCACCGAUUCAGAGCUUGUGAACUAUUAUGGCAUCAAACAGCAUUUGUUUCGUGUUGAAUUGCAGUAUGGCGAUAUCAAAUGGGUGAUCAAAAAGACCAUUGGUGAUUUUGUGGCUCUCCAUGUCAGUCUCAAAGUGAAGGCCCCAUUGACCGACCAUGUCCCUGCACCACCCAGUUUCCCGAAUCAGCUCCAGAACUUUAUUCAGUCAGCACGUACAACCAUGGGCAUCGAUGAUGAGGAACGCGAUACCGAGAAGGAACGCAAACAAGCAUUAGCGCGUCGUAAGGCACUCACACGAUACCUCCGCGAAUUGUUGAAACGUAGUCAUAUCAUGGUCAGCUAUGACAUUUGCGAAUUCUUGGAAAUCUCAGCAAUCAGUAUCGUCCAGGACAUGGGAUGGAAGGGCAAGGAAGGUUAUCUUGAGAAUCGGGUCAACUUUGUUGAUACACGUGUAUGCCACAUGUUCAGACGCUAUGCAUGGAAGAAGGAAUGGGUUAUCUUGCGUGAUUCGUACAUUGCAUUCUGCGAAGAUGUGGCAUCAACAUCCCCGACCGACGUGUUCAUGUUUGACAAGAGCUUGUAUGUGUUUGCUCGAGAACCAGGCCUCUUUAGUGGCUAUCACGAUCAUAUCACCAUGGAGAACAAUUUCCGCCGAUUUACUAUCCGAGGAAGCAAACGCCAAGUGGGCGAAUGGAUGGAGAGUAUCAAAAAGGUACAACAAGAGAGUCCAUGGGUAAAGAACCAUCGCUUUGGAUCCUUCGCACCUAUCCGUCAUCAUGCAAAGGUCAAAUGGUUCAUUGAUGGUGAAGACCAUUUCAAUGCUGUGGCUGAAGCUAUUCUUUCAGCAAGAUCUGAAAUCUACAUUGCGGAUUGGUGGUUGUCUCCGGAAUUGUACCUUCGACGACCACCUGCAGAGAACGAGGACUUCCGAAUUGAUCGACUACUACAACGCAAAGCUGAGGAAGGUGUCAUGAUUUACAUUAUCGUAUACAAGGAAGUGGAGGCUGCCUUGACAAUUGACUCGGCACAUACAAAGAAAUGGCUACAAAAACUGCAUCCCAAUAUCUUGGUGCAACGCCAUCCCGAUCAUCGCAAUGUAAACAAUGUUGUACUAUUUUGGUCACACCAUGAGAAAAUGGUCAUUGUUGACAAUAGAUUGGCCUUUAUUGGUGGUCUAGAUUUGUGUUACGGCCGAUGGGAUACACAUCAACACCGAUUGGCCGACGUCCCAGUCCCCGGAAACGAGCACAUUAUGGUGCCAGGUCAAGAUUACUCUAAUCCACGUGUCAAGGAUUUUGCGAAUGUUGAACAAUGGGACACUACCUUAGUGGAUCGCAAUGUUAUACCCCGCAUGCCAUGGCAUGAUUGUACGAUUGGUGUGGUUGGUCCAAUCGCCCGAGAUAUUGCACGACAUUUCAUCCAACGGUGGAACUAUCUCAAAGCAAGCAAAGGCAUGCAUCGUCCCAAUUUACCAUUUUUGAUGCCCAAGGGUGAAUACGUCGCUGCACGUGAUGAGUCCAAGUUCAAGGGUACAUGUCGAGUACAGCUUUUACGUAGUUCAGCAGAAUGGAGCUCCGGCAUUGAACGAGAGCACUCUAUCUACAACGCCUAUAUGGAAUGUAUCACCAAAGCAAAGCAUUAUAUAUACAUUGAAAAUCAAUUCUUCAUCAGCACAACCACGGAUGACAAGUUGUUGCGCAACAAGAUUGGUCAGGCCAUGCUAGAGCGUAUCAAGCGUGCACACAAGAAUGGUGAAAAGUUCAAGAUCUUUAUUUUGAUCCCCUUGAUUCCUGCCUUUGAAGGUGAUUUGGCUACGAGUGAAGCAUCUUCUGCAAGAUCGGUGAUGCAUUUUGAAUACAUUUCUAUAUCCCGUGGUGGCAAUUCCAUCAUUGAAAAGCUGCAAGAAGCAGGCAUCAACCCAUCCGACUAUAUUGGCUGGUACAGUCUUCGUACUUGGGACAAGAUCAACCCCAACAGGCCACCACCACCACGUACCACCACCAACAAUAAUGCAAGCAAGGUCGAUAGCGGUGCUGAACUUCACGAUGACAAUGGUAGCAAGUCCACCUCACCUCCUAACUCGGCAAGAUCUUUUGGUCACAGCAAUUCGCCCAUCACUGAAGGCUCUUCAUUUACUCUAUCCGAGGAUGAGAAGGACCAAUUUGUGAGUGAAUUGAUCUAUAUCCAUGACAAGCUGAUGAUUGUGGAUGAUCGAUUGGUUAUCAUUGGAUCAGCCAAUGUGAAUGAUCGGUCCAUGCUUGGCAAUCGUGAUUCCGAAGUUGCCAUGUUGAUUGAUGAUACGGAUAUGGUUCCUACGUAUAUGGAUGGAAAAGAGGUCAAGGCCUCCAAGUUCGCUCAUUCAUUACGAAUGCAAUUAUGGAAGGAACAUUUGGGUCUACUAGAAUUCGAUGACUGGCCUAGUCUUAUCAGCAGUGCUAGCAAGCCUGAGGGAGAACGACCUGAUGGCGGCAGUCUCAAUACCAGCUAUCCACGUCGUCCUACGGACAUGUCAUCCGCUCGAUCCAGUGAAGAUAUUAUUCGUGAUAUUGAAGCGCAUCCACCAGACCAAGUAUUGGAUGGUGCAAGACGAUCAAAGCAACCUGAUUUCAAAAAGGAAGAACAAGCGCUGCAGGCAGCAAGAGCAUUGGAUCCCUUGGCUGAUCAUUGCUACCACAAUAUUUGGCGAAAGACAGCUGAAACCAAUACCCAAAUAUACCGCCAAUUGUUCCGAUGUGUCCCUGAUGACACGGUACACACCUUUGAACAGCAUCGUCAAUUUGUGCCCAACGGAUCACCACACGCCCACAUUGCUGAUCCAAAGUUAUCGACUCAAGAAAUUGCUCAUGCACUAUCCAAGAUCCAUGGUCAUCUCGUAUCAUUCCCUACAGACUACCUAAAGAAUGAAAACAUGCUUGGCUCUGCAGUGCGUGAAGCAGUGGUUCCCAUGGUCCUUUUUACAUAA